AUGUCUGCGCAUUCAGACGUCGCUGCAGUGUCUGACCAGGAUUUGCCAGAAUUUCCAGAUAUUGGUUCUGGUGAUGUAAUUGUUAAUUCCCCUUUUUCUGAAGUUGAAAAUAACAACGAAUUUAUCAGCCAACAAUCACCACCACUCAGUGAUUAUUCUUCCGCUGACCAGUCGCACGAUUCGUUUAUUCCCCUUUCUUGCACCCCUGAGAUUUUAACUAACCCAAAUUUGGAUGAACAGGUUACGACAUCAACACCGCCAGAAAACGCGCCAAUUAAGAGAGUUACAUCAGCUACAAUCCAGUCUUCUGCUGUAGAUCUUGGGCUUGAUCCAGAUUUUGUUCAUGUAUUUGUUUUCAGUGACGCUGGAAAGCCCAUAUACAGUAGAUGUGGAGAUGAGAAUAAGCUUGCUCACGUCAUGGGUGUCAUGCAGGCGCUUGUGUCCGUUGUCAAUCAGCGGGGCGAUCAGCUACAGGCGGUCGUUGCGGAAGACAAGCACAUGGUCUUCCGUACCUUUGGACACUUGGUUCUCGUUGCUGUUGGAUCUUCGCAUGAGCCUAUUUCACAUCUUACUGUGAUUCUCGGCUAUGUACAUAAUCAAAUUGUGAGUGCUCUUACGCAGCAGAGGAUAGACAAGUGGUUCAUGCAAAAGCACAACCUUGAUUUGCGAAACCUGCUAAUCGGUGAUAGUCGCCUCCUCUCUGGCGCCAUUGAACUCGUUGAGACUCAGAUGGGACCUACGCUGAACGCUGUUCUUUGCAUCCCUCUGCCAAACGUUACUCGCGAAACCGUGGUCCAAGCCAUUACACACGGUGUCAAAUCUCAGGUAUAG